GGAGGACGAACAGCCGCGGCCGGGGGCAGCGCACCUGUCGCGAAGAAUGGAUCCCAGUCGCGGCGGGGUGGAAAAAAGCCAUCUGCUCAAUGGAGUGGAAAGCAGGUGUUACUUAGGAGUCUCAGGAAAGGACUUCCAUGGUUCAGUGGUUGGCUACGUACCCGGCCUCCCAUCUGUCGAGCUGGACCUGAAGGGAAACCUGCACUGCCAUUCCAGUUGGGCAUCCAGCAGUGGCAAUAAUGCUGAGAAGAAGCGAGCUCGCCAGAAGCUCUACCUGGCCUCUGUCAUCUGCUUGGUCUUCAUGACGGGGGAAGUUGCAGGAGGAUACUUUGCGCACAGCCUGGCCAUUAUGACCGACGCAGCCCACCUGUUGACUGAUUUUGCCAGCAUGAUGAUCAGCCUCUUUUCUCUCUGGAUGUCAUCUCGACAGCCUACUAAAAGGAUGAAUUUUGGAUGGCAUAGAGCAGAGAUUUUGGGAGCCCUGCUGUCUGUACUCUCUAUCUGGGUGGUAACUGGUGUGCUAGUUUAUCUAGCAGUGCAGCGACUGAUUUCUGGGGACUAUGAGAUAGAAGGAGAUGCAAUGCUGAUCACUUCCGGCUGUGCUGUGGCUGUAAACAUCAUAAUGGGCAUUAUCCUACACCAAUCAGGACAUGAUCACAGCCAUCAUAGUCACAAGGAGGGGAGACCAAAUACUAGUGUCCAAGCUGCGUUCAUCCAUGUAGUUGGAGAUCUUCUGCAAAGCAUCGGAGUCUUGGUGGCAGCCAUCAUAAUCUACUUCAAGCCAGAAUAUAAAUACGUGGAUCCUAUUUGUACCUUUGUGUUUUCCAUCCUGGUCCUUGGAACAACGUUGAGCAUCCUCCGAGAUGUUGUCCUUGUGCUGAUGGAAGGUACCCCAAAAACUGUAGAUUUCAAUGAUGUGAAGACCAUCUUGCUCUCCAUAACUGGAGUGAAAUCUCUUCAUAGCCUUCACAUUUGGGCUCUAACUGUGUCCCAGCCGGUGCUGUCAGUCCAUAUUGCAAUCAAUAAAGAUGCUGAUGCCCAGACUGUCCUGAAGGAAGCGAGCUGCCGACUGCAAACAGCUUUCAGUUUCCAUACAACAACAAUCCAGAUAGAGAACUAUUCGGAGGACAUGAAGGAUUGCCAAAAAUGCCAGAGCCCCUUAGACUGAUUCACUGAGGAUUGUUGCUAAGUAACCUGGAGACGGAUGUUCAGCCCUGUCAAAGCUGCUACCUCAGAGUAUCCUGACUUACAAACUCCUUUGGGCCAAAUCCUUCUUCUGGAGUCAUCUGACUGAAAGUGCAAUCCUUAGUUUGUAUGAGAUGAAGCAAAGAACCUUCU